GAAAAAGAAAAUACAAAGAAAAUGAGUUUAAUGUCUUGUUCGAAAGGCUUGCUCUAUUUCUUCUUCUUCGUCUUCUUCGUUGUGUUCUUUUCAUGUAGCCAAUCUAUCAAUGCCCAGAAUGCCACCACCGAUCCUUCUGAAGUGAGGGCAUUGAACUCAAUCUUCCAACAAUGGGAUACACAAGCAGCGGAUACAUGGAAUCACAGUGGAGAGCCAUGCAGUGGAGCUGCUCUCAGCCAAAGUGACUCGGUGCUUGAGGAUCCUUCUAAUAACCCUACUAUUAGAUGUGAUUGUUCUUUCAACUCCAACACUGUUUGCCACAUUACUCGACUGAGAUUAGUUGGUCUAGAUAAGCGAGGAGUGUUACCUGUUGAGCUUUUGGAUUUGCCUUUUCUGAUUUUCUUGAAGAUAGAUCGAAACUUCUUCUCUGGUCCUUUGCCAGCAUUCAUUGGAAAUAUGUCUAGACUAGGAUUACUGUCUAUGGCACACAACGUUUUCUCUGGACCCAUUCCAAAGGAGUUUGGAAAUCUCAAGGAGCUCUAUAUGCUGUCCUUAAGUAACAAUAAUUUAUCUGGAACACUGCCUCCAGAGCUUGGUAAUUUACUCAACCUCGAACAACUGUACAUUAACAGUUGCGGAUUGGGUGGUCAGAUUCCCUCUUCAUUCGCUAACCUAGUAAACCUGCAAAUUGUGAGGGGAGUUGACAAUGCAUUCACGGGCAAAAUACCAGACUUUGUUGGAAAUAACUGGACAAAGCUUACAGCAUUGAGAUUUCAAGGGAAUAAUUUUCAAGGACCGAUACCAUCCAGUUUCGCCAAUUUAACCUCAUUGAAUUCUCUGCGAAUUGGUGAUAUAUACAAUGGGAGUUCUUCUCUAGAUUUCGUGAGAAAUCUAAAGAACUUGACUGACUUGGUUCUAAGAAAUGUCAUGCUCACUGGUAUUUUGCCAUCUUAUAUCACAGAAUUACAGUCUUUACAAAAGCUGGAUUUGAGUUUCAACAACUUAACAGGCACAAUUCCAAGUGCUUUGUUCACUAUGGAUUCUCUCCAAGACUUGUUUCUUGGAAACAAUAGUCUAGUAGGUGCCAUUCCGAGCCAAAAGAGUGAAACUCUCCAGAAUAUAGAUUUAUCAUACAAUUUACUCUCAGGGAACUUGCCGUCUUGGGUGAACCCAGGCUUGCAACUGAACCUCGUGGCCAACAACUUCACAUUUAACAGCUCAAGCAUAAGGAUUUUACCAGGAUUAGACUGCCUUCAAAGAAGCUUCCCAUGCUUUAGAAAUGCUCCCCGAUAUGCAAACUUCUCGAUCAAGUGCGGCGGGCAGCAGAUGAUUUCCGAUGGGAUAACAUUUGAGGCCGAUAAUACUGCUCUUGGCGCAGCAACGUUUAAUGUGACCAGUACACAGAAAUGGGCAGUUAGCACUGUAGGCUUGUUUGCAGACAGACUAAAUCAAUUGUAUGUGGAAAACUAUGGAGGACAAGUGAGAAGAACCAACACUCCGGAGCUGUAUCAGAUUUCGAGGCUAUCCCCUGGAUCACUCAGAUACUAUGGUCUAGGCCUUGAGAACGGGCUUUAUACUGUGAAGUUGUUUUUUGCGGAAACAGGUUUCGAAGACCGAAUCUCGCAGACUUGGAGGAGUCUAGGAAGGCGAGUUUUCGAUGUUUAUAUUCAGGGAAACCGUACAUUAAGGGAUUUCGAUAUAUCAAGAGAGGCUGGUGGUGUUCAGAGAGCAGUAACUCCGAGUUUCACUGCUAAUGUAACUGAGAACCACCUUGAAAUUCACCUGUUUUGGGCUGGUAAGGGGACUUGUUGCACACCGGAGGAUGGUUAUUACGGUCCAUCGAUUUCGGCUAUUAGUGUAACUCCAAAUUUCAGACCAACCGUCAGUGGGUUACCGCCGGGAAAUCGUAAAGAGAAGAACCACACAGCAUUGAUUGCAGGAGUCACAGUUUCUGUGGUGGCAUUGGCUUUGAUACUUACGUGUACAAUUAUCUAUCUGAAGAAGAAGAAAAAAGAUGAGGAUGAGGAAGUGCUUCUUGGCAUAGGCCCCAGACCGAACACAUUUAGUUAUUCCGAGUUAAAAGCCGCUACCGAAGACUUCAGUCCUUCUAAUAAGUUAGGAGAAGGGGGUUUUGGACCUGUGUACAAGGGUACACUUUCUGAUGGGAGAGUUGUAGCUGUGAAGCAACUUUCAGUAGCAUCAAACCAGGGGAAGGAUCAAUUUGUUACUGAGAUAGCCACCAUAUCAGCAGUGCAACAUCGUAAUCUCGUCAAGCUAUACGGAUGCUGCAUCGAAGGAAAUAGGCGCCUCCUUGUUUACGAGUAUCUUGAGAACAAAAGCCUCGAUAAAGCACUCUUCGGAAAAAAUGGUUUGCAUCUUGAUUGGCCAACACGCUUCAAUAUCUGCUUAUCAACUGCAAGAGGGCUAGCUUAUCUUCACGAGGAUUCUAGGCCAAGGAUUGUUCAUAGGGAUGUCAAGGCAAGUAAUAUUUUGCUUGAUGCAGAGCUCUGUCCCAAAAUAUCCGACUUCGGAUUGGCAAAGCUUUACGAUGACAAGAAGUCGCACAUCAGCACUCGCGUAGCCGGAACGAUAGGCUACCUGGCACCGGAGUAUGCAAUGCUCGGCCAUCUUACAGAGAAAGCAGACGUUUUCGGCUUCGGUGUUCUUACAUUGGAGAUCACAAGUGGCAGGCCAAACUCAUAUAAUACGAUCGAAAAUGACAGAAUUUAUCUUCUUGAAUGGGUAUGGACUCUGCUUGAAAAUAACCAACUCAUGAGCCUGCUCGAUCCGACAUUAGCGGAUUUCGACGAAAACGAAGCUCUACGAGUGAUAAGGGUAGCACUGCUAUGCACUCAGGGAUCGCCGUCGAUGCGGCCACCCAUGUCCCGCGUCGUUGCUAUGCUUGCAGGAGAUAUUGAAGUGAGCACCGUCACAACAAAACCGAGCUAUAUAACUGACUGGUAUUAUAAGGAUAUAACGGGCAGCUUCAUGAAUGAAGAAUCACAAACAUCCAAUGCAUCCGAUCACAGCGGCAGCAAAAACAAGAGUAAGAUUACGACUCUUUCGGGGGCGGAUGAUCAACGGAUACUCUCGCCGGUAAAUAUUACCGAUUUCAGGGAGAGCAUCGGAGAAGGAAGGUGAGAGUUUUUUGUUCGGAGCCUGCUAUAAUUCCAUAUCAUACGUCUUGAAAAACAUAUAGAAUUUGUGCUGUUUCUUUCACUCUACCAACUUUGUUGUUCUAGGAACUAUCGUUUCUAUUUUGAUUGUCUUGUA